UCUUACCUACUAGAUGGAGCUAAAAAUUAAUAAAAGUAAAAAAUUUCCAAAGGACCUCAUGCAUACUAUAAUGAACUACGGAUUGAACAAAUCUGCAGUUUGCAGAUUACAAACUGCAUAUUCUGCAAUCUGCAGUUUGCUGCAUAUUUUGCAAUCUGCAAUCUGCAAUCUGCAUCUGCAUAUUCUGUAGAUUCUACAAUCUGCAAUCUGCAUCUGCAGACAGAUUCUGCAAUCUGCAUAUGUAGAUUCUGUAAUCUGCAUUGCACUACCACAUAACUAUAUUACAUGACCUGAUUAAUAAAUCAGUGCAUUUAAAACAACAUAAAUGUAUACAGGCAUUUUGGAACUGAUAUAAGUUAUACACUAAAAUAUAUUUACAACUUCAAGAAUUACUUAAGAAAUCAUAUUUGCCCAUCAAGAAAAGAUCUAGAUCCUUUGUUCCAUUUUUUUUUAAUAGAAGAUCUUUAAUUCAGCUAGGACUAUCUAGCAUAACUAAAUAGUGAAUAUCUUGUUUAGUAGCAAACAUGUGUAUACAUUAUUUAAAAAGUAAACUUCGGUUGCCGAAGUUUCCACCUUUGGCUGCUGUAGUGCUCUCUGGACAAAAUAGAUUUAAACACUUAAAAACUAUCAUUUGAGGAGUGAACUUUGGCUGCCAAAGUGGCCACUUUCGGCUGCCUAAGUGCUCUCUGGACAAAAGGCACAAAAAGGUCACUUAGGCUUUAAAAACUCAUAAAUUUUUUAUCCGAUCUCGGAUUUUCGAUCUGUUUGAACCAUUAAAAAGCUAAUUUGAUAAAAUCUUCAAUGAAAAUACUUUUAAAAACAAAUUUUCAUUUCUCAAAAGUAAAAAAUUACACUUUAGUCCUCCUUGGUCAAGAAAAAGUUAAAGAUAGAGAUACUAAGAAGUUUAGAAAUUCACAAAUUCUUAACUUGUUAACCUGAACUCUGAUUUUUGAUCCAUUUAAACCACUGGAAAGCUAAUUUGAUAAAUUUUUCAAUGAAAACACUUUCAAAAACAAAUUUGUAUUUUUUAAAAAUAAAAAUUUCAUUUUAGUCCCCCUUGGUUAAGAAAAGUUAAACAUAGAGACACUAAGAAAUUUAGAGUAAUCUAGACUUGAGCCAACAUAACUAAUUAAAUGAGAUUCAUAAGAUAUAUAUAAAAAAUAAAUAAAGAUUAUAUUAUAGGAUCCCAUAAAUGUUUACUUUCUUAUCUUGCUCUUCCUUAACCUUGAUUUGAAGCAAUUUGACAAUUUUGAAUCUAGGGCCUACAAACUCAACACAAAUAUUUUCAAGGUAGAAUAGUAGCACACUAAUUAUUUAUUAUUAUCAAAAUAUGGAUUAAGACCCCUAGGUCCAAUAAUUUGUUCUGAACAAAAUUAAUGGCAUUAUUAAGCUAUACUCUCUUCCUUUAAACUUGUUUAGUAUUCAUGGAAACUAUUGACACAAUAAGUCUAUAUUUGCUGGUUUGAUAUGUAGAAAUCAAGAGUUCCUUUCGAGCUGAUCGUAUGUGGAUGUAUAAUAGACUUGUGCCAAGUCGGAAAGGGGUCACUACUGAGUUCAUUAAUGGUGUGCGUGGAUUUAUAGAGUUUGCACUAAUGCAACAUAACUUUGUUUCUAAUGGGAGUAUAUGGUGCCCAUGUUCAAGAUGUGAAAAUAGUGGGUUUCUAGCGACAAAUAUUAUUACUGCGCAUUUAUAUAAGUUUGGGUUCAUGCCUAACUAUUAUCAUUGGGUUUCACAUGGGAAGCUUUUUAUACCAAUUUCGAGGCUAGAACCUGGUGUGCAUGCAAGCAUUGAAACAGUAGUUGAUAGUGCACCAGUAAAUCCAUACUGCACUAUGGUAUUUGAAGUUGUUGGUCCUUGUUUCAACUUUGAUUGUGAUGGAUUUGAUAUGAAUGAUGAAGAAGAACCUCCAAAUCGAAAUGCUCAAGACUUUUUGGACAUGUUAAGAGCUACAGAAGAGCCAUUGUUCUCUGGAUGUAUGACUCAUACUCCACUAUCAGUGGUGUGUAGGCUACUAAACAUUAAGUCUGAGUUUAACAUGAGCGAGAACUGCUAUAACCGAAUUUUGCUUCUUCUAAAAGAGCUCUUAACUGAAGAUGCUAAGUUACCCAAUGACUAUUAUAGGACCAAACAGAUAGUUGCAAAGCUUGGGUUAAUAGAUGUGUGCAAUACAGGUUAUAUCCUAUAUUACAAGCAUAACAAAGACAGAAGGGAUUGUCCAAAAUGUGGUCACCCACGUUACAAGCCUAGUAGAAUUAGUGAUGGAAAGCAAAAAGACAUUCCAUAUAAAGUACUACGUUACUUUCCUCUAACUCCAAGACUACAAAGGUUAUAUAUGUCAACAAAGACAGUUGAACAUAUGAGAUGGCAUUGGAAAACUCAUCGAGCACCUGGGGUGAUGAGUCAUCCAAGUGAUGGAGAUGCAUAGAAAAAGUUUGACCAAUGCCAUCUUAGCUUUGCAUUCGAGCCUCGAAAUGUUAGGCUUGGUCUUUCAGCUGAUGGGUUCUCUCCUUAUGGACAAAUGGCCCAUCUUUAUUCAUGUUGGCCAGUAAUUAUCACAUCAUACAAUCUUCCACCUGGAAUGUGCAUGAGCAGCCCUUACUUGUUCUUAAGUCUUGUCAUUCCUGGUCCAAAAAGCCCUGGGAAGAACAUAGACUUAUACUUGCAACCUCUCAUUGAUGAGUUGAAACAAUUAUGGGAUGUUAGUGUGGAGACUUAUGACUCUCAUAGUAAACAGAAUUUUCAAAUGUGAGUAGCACUUAUGUGGACUAUUAAUGACUACCUGGCUUAUGGAAUGUUGUCUGGAUGGAGCAUGCAUGGUGUAUUGUCAUGCCCUUGUUGUAUGGGAAAAAGCAAGGCAUUUUACAUGAAAGAUGGGAAAAAGACUUCAUUCUUUGAUUGUCAUCGUUAAUUUUUGCCCAUAGAUCAUUCAUUUCGAAGGGAUAGAAAAUCAUUUUUCAAAGGAAGGGUUGAGCGCUUUAUUCCUCCUCCUAGGCUAUCUAGUGAAGAGGUUUGGAGGGAAGUAUGUGACCUGCCAAAAUUUUUUGAUGAUCUUGCAUUUGAUAAGUUGUUGGGAUUUGGUGUUCAACAUAAUUGAACAAAACAAAGCAUCUUUUGGGAAUUGUCGUAUUGGUGCAUAAAUCUUAUUCGGCAUAAUCUUGAUGUGAUGCAUAUUAAGAAAAAUGUCUUUGAUAAUAUAUUCAACAUAGUAAUGGAUGUCAAGGGUAAAACAAAGGACAAUUUAAAAGCUCGAAGGGAUGUGCAGACUUAUUGCAAUCAUCUAGAUAUUGAAGGAGCACCAUGGGAAAAUUAUAAAGCCCAAAGCAGCCUACACAUUAUCAAAGGAUCAAAGAAAAUUGAUAUGUGAAUGGGUAAAAAAAUUAAGGCUUCCAGAUGGUUAUGCCUCCAAUUUGUCUAAAUGUGUUGACAUAAGAGAUUGCAAAUUGUCAAGGAUGAAGAACCAUGAUUGUCAUGUGUUUUUGGAAAGGUUGCUACCAACUACAUUUCGAGAUUUGUUACCUGAGCCACUUUGGUAUGCCUUAACUGAGAUUAGUUUAUUUUUUAAGAGUUUAUGCUCAACAGUGUUACAAGUAGAAGACAUAUAGAAGCUUGAACAAAGCAUUAUGUUGACAAUAUGCAAGUUGAAGAAAAUAUUUCCUCCUACUUUCUUUGAUUCCAUGAAACAUUGGCUGAUACAUUUACCAUAUGAAGCAAAAGCUGGAGGUCUAAUUCAGUUUCGGUGGAUGUAUCCUUUUGAGCGGAUGCUACACGAUCUCAAGAAGAAGGUGAAAAAUAAAGCUCGUGUGGAGGGAUCAAUAUGUAAAGCCUAUCUCAUUCAAGAAACAUCAACAUUCACUUCCUAUUAUUUUCAGCCUCAUGUUCAAGCUAUGCUAAACAAAGUUAGUUGGAAUGAUGAUGGAGAUGAAGUUGAUGCCCUUGAUGGUUGCCUGUCCAUGUUUGUGCACCCAGGAUGUCCGACUGGGAAGAUGAUAGAAAGAUAUUUGUCUGAUGAUUAGUGGUAUGCGGCACGCCUAUAUGUGUUGUUAAAUAGUGAAGCGGUUCAACCAUUUGUACAGUAAAUUAUUAAUUUUGGCAAAUUUAUCGAGAUAUAUAGUAUGAGUGGCAAAAAUUUAAUUAUAAUUUAUAUUGCUUUGUAAUAUCUUUGAAGAUGAGUUGAGAAGAAAUUCAUAGCCUUGAACAGAUUGAUAAAGAGAUAAAUAGUAGAUUUGCUAAGUGGUUCGAAGCUUAUGUCAGUAUCUUAUAACUCUAUUAGAAAAAAAAGGAGAAAAACAAUUUCUAUUUUACUAAGCAUAUGUUUGGUUGAUUUGGUGUAUUGAUAGGUUUUUGAUCCAGUAAACACCAUAGUUGAUGAGCGGUUAAAAAAUUUAGCUUAUGAUCCAUAUAAAUGGGUGCAAACAUGGCCUCAGUAUUUUACUAAUGGCUACAGGUUCGACACGCUCACUCAUGGCUUGAAUAAAUCAACUAUAAACAGUGGUGUGUGCAUCAAAGGAAAAAGUUGGAGUGAAUAUGAAAGUGACUACUAUGGAAUGCUAGUUGAUGUUAUACAACUAGAGUAUCCUAAUCCAACAAACAAAAGAACUACUUUGGUGUUGUUCAAGUGUGAUUGGUUCAAUCCAACUUUGGAUCGAGGGUGGAAGCUUCAUAAUCGAUAUGGUCUAAUUGAUAUCAAUCAUAAGAAACGGUUUUUGAGCUAUGCCUAUGAACCUUUUGUUUUGGCUGCACAAUCAUAACAGGUGUACUUUUUAGAAUAUCCUAGUAAGAAGAAAGAAAGGGUUGAUUGGUGGGCUGUGUGUAAGGUCAAAGCUAGAAGUAGAAUUGAUUCUCCAAAUGUGCCUACCAAGAGGAUGAUUGUUAUACUGCAUCAGUCCCAAUUGUCACUGAUGGUCUUGAGUCUCUAAUUCAUGAAAAUGGUGAAGUUAAAGAACAUGAGAUUGAGGAAGAAAUUCCUGAAAAUGAAGGAGCAGAUGAAAUUGAUAGACAUGAAAAUGAAGAAGAAUUAGAUGAAUCUGACUUUGAUUCUUCUGGAGAUGAAGAAGAUCAACAAAGUGAUGUUAAUAUUGAGUACAAUGAUAGUGAAGACAAUGAGGGUGAAGAAUAAUAAGAUAUUUUAUAAUAUAUCUUUGUGCUUGUCACUAUGUAGUUGCUUUUACAAUUUACAUUGAGAAUAUAAAAUCUAUCUUAUUUCAACUUUUAUUCUAUUUAAUCUAACUUAUGAUUUUAUGUGGUUUUUUUUACUUCUAUGUGCAGUAAACAUGUGUAUUGCUACAAAUUAGUAAUAAAAAUGAAUUUGGAAUCCUUAUAUGUUAAUUGCUAAAAUUAUAAAUGAAGCAGCGUCAUUUAAAGUGAAAAUAAGCAUAAAUGGUUACUAUAAUUCGUGUUUAUCUAAGUUCUUUAUGAUUACUAUUCU